GUUUAUCAAACACUUGUGAAAGCAAAAGUGGUGAAAGUGAGGAACUAAUCUAAAUCAAUGAUAAAUUAUUCAAGGUUAAUAUCAAGUAUUUUAUAACAAUAUAAUAAGCUUUAGCAUUAAGAUUGUGGAUAUUUUAAAGUGAAGUUGGUAGUCGGUAUUCGAGCAUCGAACGAAAUUAAUAAAAUCACUAGUUUAAAUAAUCAAAUAGGCGGAGAGUUAUAAUAUAUCGAUAAUGGCGAGCAGUAGUAUUGAAAUGGAGCCAAACCUUGCAAAGCAGUUAUUAGUCGAAGGGGGCACAUUUAUUGUUCUUGAUGUGCCAAUUGGGACCGAGUUUGGCAUUGACAUUAAAUCGUGGAACAGUGAUGAUAAUUUUAAAGGUAUUAAAAUGAUCCCACCAGGGUUCCAUUUCAUUCAUUACAGUGCUGUGGACCAAUAUGGAGAAUCAGCACCAAGAAUUGGAUUCUUUCAUAAUUUCAAUAAAAGUGAUUUCAUUGUGAAACGAUGGGACGCCAGCCUUGAAAGUAUCAGUUCCGAAUCUGUUUCAGAAGAGACUGUUCAGAGAUUGAAAGAAAACUUGAAGGAGCUAGAUAGAUUUUUAGGUGCCUAUCCUUUUGAUAUAUGGAAGCAAUGGAAAGAUCUUACGAAUAAAAUAGAUAGUUCAAUAGCGGAAAGAUGUGCUCCGCAGUGUGGGUUCGUUAAUUCUGCGUUGGAAUUAGUGAAUUAUGACGAUGCGUCUAGGCCGAGAGGCUCCGAGACUUCUAAGAAAAGAAAGCGUCAAAUUGGUCUUACCGUUGAAGAGAAAGAGGAGCAAUUAUUACCGGAUCUGAAGCCAAAGCCUGGAACCGAGCUUAGGUUAACCGAAUUACCAGAAAAGUUCUAUCCUGAUAAUGCUACGCCAUCUGAAAUCACAAGACAUUCUUUAGAUUCAAGCUACGCCUUGAAUACGCUUCUCGACAAAUUGAAUAACCCAAUGGAAGUAAUUGGUGAAUUACAAUUGUCCUUCGUAUGCUUCUUAUCCGGACAAAGCCUAGAGUCGUUUGAGCACUGGAAGAAACUGUUAUCCUUAAUUUGCACAGCUGAUUCAUUAAUACCCACACGGCGAGCUAUAUACGUUGAAUUUAUGAACACGUUGGAUAUUCAAUUGCUAUAUGUACCGGAAGAGCUUCUUUGUGAUAUUGUAGCUAGUAAUAAUUUUGUUUACCACAAUCUUCGAAAGUUAUUUGCCAAUAUCGAAUCCAAUGUUGAUGUGGACGAUCGAUUAAAAUCCUUAGCCGUUAGAAUGAAGAACAGGCUCACUAAAAAGUUUUUAUGGGAUUUCAAAUAUUUGCAGCAAGAAGAAGACGACGAAGCACCCGUUAUAGUGUUCUUAGAUUAAUUACAUAAAUAUAUUUAUUUUUAUUUAUCCGAUUA